UGAGAACAAUCAUCAUGUCGCACUAACAAAAGUAAAAUUGAAAGUCGAAGAGAUUAAAAAUUUCAAAAGAAGCCCAGUUGUUGGACAGAACUUCACUUACUGGUGUAAAUACGACCAGACUGUCUCCUCAACAACAAAGUUCAUCUGUAAGGGAGAAGAUCCAUCCAUAUGUCAAGCUCUCAUAAACACCAGCCAGCCUGGUAUGAACAACAGGUUUUUCAUGACUGAUAACAUAAAAGAGAAAAACAUCACGAUAACAGUGAGAGAAGUAACAUCAGCAGACAGCGGGACGUACUGGUGUGGAGCGGAAACAAAACAACAACGCAGCAACAAGUUCUUCAACAGACUGUCCCUGACAGUACAACCAGCACCACCUUCAUCCGCUACCCCUUUAACUACAACAACCACCACAACUGCUGAGAGUCAUGGUGUGACAGUAGAGCUGGAGACAGAUGUCAUCUUUGGGAUUACCACUGCUGUGAUCAUUGGCGUGGCUGUGUUUCUGAUCGGUUUCUUCCUUAUUUACAAACGAGUUUCAUGUACAAAAAACAAAGGAAUUAGUGCAUCGCUGCAGCACGUCAAAGAGGACUCUGCCUAUGAGGAAAUCCAGGAGCGCCUCCAGACGCCAGGAAAUGCAGUGGAUUCGAUUUAUGUCACUGCCGGCAUGCACACAGAUGUCACCUCAGUACAUUACUCUACCAUCAACUUUCAGAGCCACUCUCGGGAAGCUGGUGGUGAGGAAGUGAAUCCCAGCACGUCUGCCUGUGAAUAUUCUACUGUGGAUUUCAGAAAACGUCCAGAUAACUCAACCAUCACUCAAGCAUCCAGACCAGCAGAGGAGAAUCUCUACUCAGCAGUCAAUGAGCUAGAGCAAAUACGAAAAUAAGAUCAGCUCUGUCAGGAAUUUCUAGAUGAUUUCAGCAUUAUACAUCCAACUUGUAGAAUUAGUUUUAGUGAAAAUGUGUUAAUGUGAUGUUAUGAUUAAAUAACGUUAAAUAUGACUCAGGGGUUCAGCAACUUGUCUUAGGAUGUUGAAAAUUUGGUUCAGAAUGAAGAGUUAGUAAAACAAACUGUAAAACUAUGUAGCUGCAAAAACCGCGUAUAACCACGAGGAGAGAGAGGUUUUGACUGACUGCUAUAGAUAGAUAGAUAGAUAGUA